AUGGACGAGGUCAUCAAAGAAGGCAGUGUAGCUGUCCGAGGACACUUUAUGUGGCGCGACCGCUACAUUAUUAUCAGGCCGGGCGAGAUGGUUAUCGGUCGUCGACGAGACGGCUCCAUUAAGGCCAAGAUCGAUUUGUACGAUUCAAACGUCAAACUCACAUUCCUUGGGGGGCAGUCACUGCUUACACUUUCCAUGCAUGGGAGGGAUACCGUGCUGGACUUCCGCUCUACCACCACGCGUGACGAAUGGAUCAGUGCUAUCGUAAGCGCUCAGGAACGCGCUGGUUCGGACUGCGACGAUAAUGGAACAGAGCUGGAAACAGAAGACAGCGAUGGACGUAAACGACAAAGCACCUCGACAAGUUUGGGGACGGAUCACACGGACUCGAUUGGCGAUGACGGCGAAGGCUAUAACGACGCCCUGCUAGCACUGCAGAGCGUGCGCGAUUCCGUCAUGCAGUGUCAUCUCUCAAUGGGGGGAUCAGAGAUCGACACUUUCAUUCCGCGUGGAAGUUCCACCCCAACCUUCACGAAAGUUGCGCCAUCACUGAGACGAGUGCAGAGUGCAAAACGCAGUGAGGAGGAGCUGCGACAGAAGCGGCUUCGGUCUCUGUUAACGCUGAUCGAAAGCAACCCACAAGGCGGACGCGUUGUGCUCUUGCAUCUCGGGGUAGUGGCGUCUGCUGGAAUCACCGUCAGUGACAUGCUCCUGGCUCUUGGGGAGAAACAAAGGAAUAACCCGCGCCGUGGAUCGUUCACGCCACGCACCUUGAGUGCCCAGAAGCACAACGUUGCGGCUUUCGUUCGGGAUAUUCUGUUUCAUCCCAUCUACUCGAAGCGCGAAGAAGUAAACACCGAGGUCGUCCAGGGUCUGAUCGACUUGUUCUUCUCACAUUGUCGUCUUCGACGCUUCAGUGACGACUCGGAACUGCAACAGGUUCAACCAGUGCGUUCCACAUCAGCGAACAAUUCGUCGGCUAAGAGUGAAAAUGACGCUGCCCCAGCGACUCCCGUUACUCCAACCAACGCUCCGCCACAAACGCCAACGUCUCGAGUGCCGCAAAGAAGAAAGCGACGCAACCAUUCGUUCCCGAACUUGGGCGGGAUCACUCAACUCGCCAAGAGCAAGGGGUUGCUACAAUCCUCAGCCGAUGACUCCUAUAACAUCAGCAGAUUCGAGGAAGGCAGCCAACGGCUUCGCGAAAACAUGGCUGUGUUAUUUGGUCCGCAGCAACCUCCAGACAGCAACAGAGGUGCCAAAGACAGAUCUGUGCCUCUAGUGAACACGUUCACCUCGAACUCGUCAGAAGAACUCGACUUCGAAUGCGAAGAUGUCCCGCUGCCCGUUCCGCUACGGAAUAUGUUGUGGGAGAUGACCUGUUCGGAGAUGGCCGAGCAGCUCACGAUCUUCCACCAUUCACAGCUCUCAAGCGUGUAUCCGUGGGAGUUCUUGCACAACCCCAAGAUCGCAGCCAAGGAGCUGACGGACCAUUUCAACGGCUUGGUAGCGUACUUUGUCUGGUCGGUGCUGGUCGAGGAUUCCCCCAAGGAGCGAGCUGAAGUGAUCGAGAACAUCAUCUCCAUCGCCAUGUCCGCGAGUGCACCACCUCUCAACAAUUUCCACCUGGUCAUGGCUUGCGUUGGCUGCCUAGGUGAUAUCCCGCUGAUGGCAACUCGGAUGCCGAUUACCUGGAAGAGGGUUCGAGCCAAGUACAAGACGCGCCUCACUGAACUCCGACGACUGUGCGACCACACCGGCGGGUUUGAAAACCUACGACGAAAGCAAACCGCCGAAAGCGAACGACCAGCGAGUUCCGGCGAGCCCGCAGCUUCAGUCAUCCCGUUCAUUGGUGUGAUCGGUGUCAUGCUCGAACGAUUGCGGUCGGCGAGUUACUUCACCGCCAAGAAGAUGCUGGACCUGGAGAAACUUGAACGACAGUAUUUGGUGCUAAGUGUGCUUGAGAACGCGCUGCUCAAGCCUGCACCACGACCGACCCGUGCUCCUCGGCGCGGGAAGUUGGCUCCGACCGAGUCAGCGGCCAGCAUGACCACGCGCUUGCAGGAGUUCUUCAAGUCUCUCAAGAUGGACUUCGCCACCUCUCGAUUUCACCAAUUGCGGUCGCAGCAGAUUCUAGCGAACGAGUCGACUACGACCAGCUCCGCCCCGCCUACUUUCGUGCUUGCAGCAACGGUAAGUGGUGGAGCUACGCUCAGUGGAGGGAGAUUCGAUGCCUCGCCCGCUUCGGUCGGCACCAACGACGACUCCGGUCUGUCGUUUGUGUCCUUCCGAGAUAUCUGCGUGCUGCUGGUGUCGGUGCCGGAAAUGCGUGAGCGGAUGCAAAUGACUCUCGAGGCGCUGUUUGUGGACGGGCGACAGCCUGCGACGCAGUUCCUGCGCAAGUUUUGGCUCGACUUUAAGCAGAACGUGUGGGUGUCGGGCGUAGGCCCCACGCUGCAGAGCGUGCGAGGCUGCGUGUCGACUCUGUACCAGGAGAUCAUGAAGCACAAGAUCGUCGAGCUCAUGCAGAUCAGCGGCCUCGACGAGAACUCGACCGAGCUGCACGACAUGGUGUACGCCAAGAUCGCGGUGCUCACCGUGCAGCCUAUUUAUCUGAAGAUCGUGUCCAAGGUCAAGCGCAACAACGUCAAGGAGGAUGCCCACGCCUCGGCGCGACUGCUGCAGAACACACCCAAGGUUGUGGUCGACACCAACAUGCCAAUGGUGCCCUGGAGCAGUUGCAGCGCCAGCUCGCCGGUCGAGUUGCUGGACCUCGUGUGUCAGUUGGUUGCCUUGCCUCGCUCCAGUAGCUCGAGCUCCGCCGUCGCCAUAGCGACCGACCACCAGCUCGCAGCCGUGGAGCUGCUGGGCGCGCUGAAGCACCAGGCGCGGCACACGUUCCUGGCCACCAACCCGGUGAGCAGCCUGUACCUGAUGAAGCACAUCCUGGACCCCAAGUACUUGCCGCGCGAGCGCCGCCAAGCGCUCGAGGUGUUCGUCGCCGCCGUGACGUGGCUGCGCAAGGACAAGGACCGGCGAGGCGCCUCCGGGGGGGCUCCAUGA